AUGACGAACCCUUCCCAGCUAUUCCUACUCGCCGAUCACAUCAAACUAUCUCUUCUGGAGCGACAACGGGCAAUUUCCCUCGAUCUCGAGCCCAAUUCUCAAGAUGGCGAAAUAGCCCGCUCCCUCGAGUCCCUCCGAGAGGGCAUAGACUCUGUGGAAGCCGAACAGACCCGCCUAACCAACUCCCACGACAGUGCGGGCGCCGCCGCUUUAAAAGACCAACUCGCUCCUCUUCAAGCCCAAUACAAAGACCUCUCAACUCAGUUCUAUGGCACAGAAGGUGCACCCACAGAGAAUGUCCCGGCGCAGGCGUCGGUCUCUGCAACCCCCGACCUCAAACAGCCAGUCCCGCAACAUCCUUCUUCCAAGUCCGUCCGAUUCAUGGACAGCUCUGCCGCGACGGCGGCCGUGCAAGAUGAGAUCGACGAAGAGGACGAACGUAAUCGAAGCCAUCUCUUCCGGCCAUAUCGCGAUGAACCGUCGCCGCCGCGACAGGACUUGUCUGGCAUGGACAAUCAGCAGAUCUACGACCACCACGCUCAGACUAUGCGCGAGCAGGAUGACCAGCUGGAUCGGCUGGGUGAAUCAAUCGGAAGACAGCACCAGUUGAGUAUCCAGAUUGGGGACGAGCUGGAUGGUCAUGUUCAACUCCUUGAUGGGAUGGAUGGGGAUGUUGAGCGUCACCAAACUCGGCUCAAUACUGCGAGACGGCGGAUAGACAGAAUCCGUCGUAAGGCGGGUGAAAACUGGAGUAUGAUGACUAUCAUCGGAUUGAUCAUUAUUCUGGUUAUCUUGAUUGUGAUCUUGAAAUGA